AUGUCGACGGCCGCCAUGGACCGAAAGCACCAGAUCGCCACAUAUUGCAUCAAGUCGCGUCAGGAGUGCGCGCCACAGGAAACGGAUACCUCGAGACAUCUUGGCUCGCCAACGUCGCAAGCAACUUACAACGUUCUGCUCGUUUUGAAGAACUUGCCCUUCAAGGACAUUUUGGAGCUCAGAUCCACGAUGAAGUUCGGGAUCGGGCUGCGAAUCGACAUGGUCAAACACUCAGGGUCAGAUCCAGUAGCGCUGCGGGCCGAAGGGGCAGCAUUUUUUCCCGCGCGCGACAAGCCAGGCCAGCCUCAGAAGAACCGCUUCUGGUUCAAAUUCUCCGGGCAGGCACUGGCGCCAGACAGCGAAACAAAUCGCGCAGCGCACAAGGAGGCAAUAGUCAACAAGGACCACCCUUUGCACGUAGAGACCCCGCUGGAGACGGCGACGAGAAUGCACGCGAUGAAUGCCAUGGUCAUCCAGGUCGAAGCGUUGAUCGGGGAGCAGGUGGGGCACGCAAGAGACAGGAUCACGUUCAGCAGAAAGCGAGGGCUCGCGGCGCAUGGCUGGAGAAUGCGCGUGCUGGGACCUCUUCGACUAUUUCUCUACAACCCGCUGUCGCUGAUUGCCGUGGGCAGGUGCCGCGAGGUGGCACGCGAGCUCGGAGCCGAUGCCGUCUUACUUCCUGGCACUCGUAUUCGAAGCUGGUCAGGCCGACAGUAUCAGGUUGAGAAGCUGGGCGACGGGUACUCUGCGAUUCAUUUUGGCUGGGCGGCUUCAGCGUGGACGAAUCGGCCUGCAGGUUGCACGAUCAUAUUGGGCAGACAGUUUAGACUCAAAGAUGCGGUGGAUAUCUUCACCCCGCCCAAGUCUAUUCAAGGCAGAGCGGGAGCGGUGCGAAUGAAGGGCGGCAAGUUCGACGUGACCCUGGCCGUUGGAUAUCCACCACCCACUGGCGCCACGGGCAAGAAGAUUUCGGCGUGCGAGGGGGCGGUGAAGGCGACGCACCAGUGGGUAGGCAACAUAGUGGAGGGUACGCGGGCCCGCUCUCUCUUAGUGGUGGGCAUGGAUGUGAACAGCGGCUUUGGUGAACGGUGCAGGAGGCCUUACUUCAUGUACGUCGAGCUGAACGCGCACCUGCAGCUGCGCACUGGUCUGGACGGCAGGAGGCUCAUUCACCUGGUCUGCACCUUCUGGAAGUUUUUCUUCGGCGGUCUCCUUCGGAAGCCGAGCAGCCGCGAGUGCGAGUUGAACUUCGAUCCGACUUGUCACGGCUACUUGGCGCACCGCAGGCGAGAGGACGCGAUGAUGGUCACUCGUUGUGCGGGGUAUGCUCUCAGACAGAAAGGCCUUCGCAGCGUCUCGGAAUUGCUGGAUAUGUCGAACGCUUUCGCUUGCACGCCACUCGAGUGGCUGGAUGAGGCAGUUGAGGAGCUGGCGGAGCCGGUGGACUGGGCCCUGCUGCACGACAGGAUUCAUCAUCACAUCGUGGAGGUUGAGGCGCGUGGUGAGGCGUUACACUUCGCCCUCGGACGCGGAGGCGGCUCUGGCAAUGCAAAGGAUACGCUGGCUACAGGAUAUGGUGCGGCAUCCUCUGGCUCAUCAACAGGUUAUCCAGUUCUCUGGGGACACCUGGAGGACGAGCCCUCGCCGAUCGACAUCGAAGGGAAGCUGACGGUGAGCACCAGCCCGUUCGCCAGGCAGUUCACCCGCGACCUCAUGCUGUUGGAGGGCAUCAGCGGCACGGAGGAUUUCUUCGAAGAAUGGGCGCUGGUCGGCAGGGCUUGGCAAGAGUUAUGGAGCUGCGAGGAGGUGAACAAAGCUUUUUUGAAAGCUGAUGCGAAGCUGCUGGAGGUGUCACUCAUGAGGGAAGAUCAGAUAUGGGAAAAGCUUGCACCCAGAGCCAAGGGGACGGAGGGGCCUGAGGGGGAGUUCGCGUGCGACCUGACCGACUCGCAGGGCGCCAUUUGCGGCCUGUGUUUUGAUUCCUUGGAGAAGCUGGCCGCGCAUACGUCCCCUCUGAGAUUAUCUGUAAAAUGUGUGGGCUCGAGUUUGACAGUUUACCUGAGUAUUACACACGCGCUCGAGAAGAACACUUGCCUCGCCCCGCUCCGCGCCUUCUGGAGCGCCAUCGCCUUCGCCGCGCCCGCGCUGCUGGCGGCCGCGGACGGCGAGAAGGAUGGAGGCCAAGAGCCACGCCGCGUCAAGUCACGCACGGAAGGAGGCAGCACGGACAAGAAGCUCAAAGGUGUCAGCGAUCAAGGGCUACGUCGGCUCCUGCUCGCGAUGGUCAAGCAGCUCCUGAAGGUGGCGCAGGGGAUGCGAGAACUCGGAGGAUGCCUAUUCGGCACUUUUCUCUGCCCUGUGGAUGGGGAGGAGGCGCUGAAGAUGGCGGAGCAGACCCACAACUACGCGGAGGCGGUGAAGCGCGACGGGAAGGGCCACCUGCACGGAGCCCCCUACAUCUGGGCGUUCGCGGGCUUGCUGGCGGGACUUCGAGAACGCGGAGACGCAGUGGGCGCCCAGAACGCGAAGGGGAUCGUGGACAUGAUGGAGUGGCUCGGCGCGCACGGCGUAGAGGACAAGAUGGAGAUGAUACGGAUGUGCCGUCUGGACAAGACGUACGACAAGGACAAGAAGCGGAUCACCUUUGUGCUGCGAGACGAGCGCUGGCGCCAGACGGUGAUUGCGUGCUGCGUUCAGGCGGGGAUGGAGCGCAAGCAGGGGAAGGCCCCAGCGUCGUUCAUGGAGAGGGAGCUCCAGGAGUAUGUCGUGCAGCUGGUCGGGCCGAGCCCCGACGAGUCGCCGUGGCCUCGGCCCCCCCUGGCCGUCUCCGCCGCGCUCUGCGUGGCCUACCGCCCCGCGUUCGCCGCGGGCGGCGCGCAGAUGCCGAGCAGCCCUGCGGGGAACAUCAAAAUGGUCGUUCAGCUGAUGCAGUCCCUCGCCCUGGAGAUCGAGAGCGACGGCAAGAACGAGCUGGCCUCCUACGACAAGUACGCGUGCUGGUGCGAGGACACGCUGGCCCGCAAGGCAAAGGACAUCUCGGAGGCGAAGGCGAUGAUUAACGAGCUCCAGGACGAGAUCGAGAAGUUGCAAGGAGAGGUCGCAGCGCAUGCCGCGGAGAUCGCGCACCUCGAGAAACUCAUCGCCGAGAACAGGGAGUCGCAGCGCGAGGCGACGGAGGUCCGCGCCAACGAGAACGCCGAUUUCGAGAAGGAGAAGACCGAGUCCGAGCAGUGCAUCGGGGCCCUCGAGGCGGCCAUCAGCGUGCUCUCCGGAGCCGGCUCGGGCAAGAAGGGCUUCCUUGAGACCUUGCAGCAGGCUCGCGCGCUCAGCGUGGUGGACGGCGUCCGGGAGGUGCUCAGGAAGGCCAGCUACUCGGCACAGGUCCCGGAGAAGGACCUCGACUUCGCGAGGGCGUUCUUCGGCAAGUCCGGGCAGUUCAUGGUCCAGCACGGCGGAGUGUCAGCCGCGCAGACGGGCAGCACUCACAAUCCGUUCGGCGACUACGCCCCGCAGUCGGACCGCAUCGUGGGCAUCCUGAAGGGCCUGUACGACACCUUCACCCAGAGCCUCGAGAAGGGCAACGUGGAGGAGGCGGACGCCCAGAAGGCGUUCGAGGAGUUCAUGGCAACCAAGAAGGCCGAGCUGAAGACGCUGGAGGGCACCAAGGAGCAGCAGGAGCUCUCCAAGGCCGAGAAGGCGAAGAAGAUGGCGGAGAGCAAGCUCUUGCGCGCGGACACACAGGCGCAGCUGAAGGCCGACGAGGAAUUCUUCGCAACCACCCAGGAGGGGUGCAAGGACAAGGCCAAGGAGUGGGGCGAGCGGGUCAGGAUGCGCACCCAGGAGCUCCAGGGCAUCAACAAGGCCGCCGAGAUCCUCAGCUCCCCAGACGCGCUGGAGACGUUCGCGAACUCCUCCUCCAUCCUGGGGCACUCGCUGCGCAGAGAAAAGCUGUGGGCCCGCAUCGCGCCCUCUCCAGCAAGGUAUCACCAGAGCACUUCGUGGCCCUUCAGAGUCUCGCUAGGAAGUUCCACAGCAGGUCCCUGGACAGGAUCGUGGCGCAGGCGCGGGCGGGCGGCUACUUCGACAAGGUCAUCGCCUCCGUGGAAAGCAUGA